AGAUCAGUUCAGGGAGAGCUGGGGUGGAUAGCAAGUCCCCUGGAAGGAGGGUGGGAGGAAGUAAGCAUUAUGGAUGAGAAGAACACUCCGAUCCGCACCUAUCAAGUCUGCAAUGUGAUGGAGCCCAGUCAGAAUAAUUGGUUACGAACUGAUUGGAUUCCCCGUGAGGGGGCUCAGAGGGUAUAUAUUGAAAUCAAAUUCACGCUAAGAGACUGCAACAGCCUGCCAGGUGUCAUGGGAACUUGCAAAGAGACUUUCAACCUUUAUUACUAUGAAUCAAACAAUGACAAGGAGCGUUUUAUUCGAGAGAGCCAGUUUGCCAAGAUUGACACCAUCGCUGCUGAUGAGAGCUUCACCCAGGUGGACAUCGGUGACAGGAUCAUGAAGCUGAAUACAGAGAUCCGGGAUGUGGGACCGCUCAGCAAGAAAGGGUUUUACUUGGCUUUUCAGGACGUCGGUGCCUGCAUUGCUUUGGUGUCUGUUCGUGUCUUCUAUAAGAAGUGCCCGUUGACAGUUCGAAACCUGGCACAGUUUCCAGACACCAUUACCGGGGCUGAUACAUCCUCUCUGGUGGAGGUUCGCGGCUCCUGCGUCAACAACUCGGAAGAGAAGGAUGUGCCAAAAAUGUACUGUGGGGCAGAUGGUGAAUGGCUGGUGCCCAUUGGCAACUGUCUGUGCAAUGCUGGCUAUGAAGAACGUAAUGGUGAAUGCCAAGCUUGCAAAAUCGGAUACUACAAGGCUCUCUCGACAGAUGUUGCUUGUGCCAAAUGCCCGCCUCACAGCUACUCCAUCUGGGAAGGCUCUACCUCCUGCACCUGCGAUCGGGGCUUUUUCCGAGCUGAAAAUGAUGCUGCCUCCAUGCCCUGCACUCGCCCUCCGUCUGCUCCCCAGAACCUGAUUUCCAAUGUCAAUGAGACAUCGGUGAACUUGGAGUGGAGCCCCCCCCAGAACAAAGGUGGUCGGGAAGACAUCUCCUACAACGUGGUAUGCAAGAGGUGCGGUGCCGGUGACCUCAGCCGCUGCCGGUCCUGUGGCAGUGGUGUGCACUUCAGCCCCCAGCAGAACGGCUUGAAAACCACCAAAGUCUCCAUUACUGACCUCCUUGCACACACUAACUACACCUUUGAAGUCUGGGCGGUGAAUGGAGUGUCCAAGCAAAAUCCCAGCCAGGACCAAGCUGUGUCAGUCACUGUGACAACUAACCAAGCGG